AUGAGGACACGGGUGCAUUGUGCUCCCUGCUUCGCCGUGGCCGUUUCUGCAGCGGCUGUCGCCGGCAUCGGGAAGCUCCAGCGAGUGGUCAUGGGCUAUGAGUCGAAGCUCGUGAGGGUUGGAGACAAGCGAGACCGUCCCCGACGCCCUAGGGUUCAGCCUCGUCCACUCUCCCUCGCGAUUCUUCCCCUCUCGCCCCAGAUCCGCCGCUCCACGCGCACCCGCCACCAUCGCCGCCAUGGACUACCUCCCCCGUUGUGGCCACCGUCGUCCUCACCGGCAGAUACUGCGUUAGGAGCUCCGCCUGCUCCCUCUGCUUCUACUCCGACCACAAGCCCAAGACCUACGCCACUACAUCGAGCGGAUCGAGCUCCUCCCUCUUCUUCUGUCACCGGCGCUUCUCCGACGAAUUGCUCGCCGUCUUCUGCUCCCGUUCCUCGCAGAGCCUUCCUUCUGCUCCACGUUAGUCGUCGUCGUCCGCUUCGCCGCCGCGGCCACCGCCGGCUUGGCACUCGCCCGCCUGCACGGACGCCCCUUCCUACUGCCGCUACUUGGCGCUGGUCACCCCGCCACUACUGCUGCUGCUUUGCCGCCGCUCCGGCUCUGCUUCUGGGCCGCUGCCCACGCUCCUCUGCUACUCGCCACGACCCCGCGAGCGCCCCACCUUGUUCGGCCGCGCCGGCCUCCGCUGGUCGCGCGCCCCGCCUGCCCUGGCCGUGCCCGCCGGCCGCUGGCCGCGCUCGCCGCGAGACCGACGCCCAACUAUGUGUGCCCCGCCCAACGCCCCUGACCUCCUCCCGUGCGCUGAACUGCUGCUGCUCCCGCUACUUGCUAGCUGCUGUUGACUGCUACGCUGUUGCUGUUGAAGCUACUGCCGUUGCUGCUCAUGCCCCACUUCUCCUGUUGUCGCUAGCUGCUACUACAAAUAGUUGGUCCUUGCUACUGCUUCGUGUUGCGGCUUAUACUGCCAUUGUUGCUUGCGGCUAGCCAUGGCCGUGGGUGGUGUGUGCUAGACUGCUAGGUGUGUGUGCGUGUGUGUUUUCUCUGUGUGGGGCCGGCCGUGAUUAAUUUCUGGCCAUGUCCAAUUAGUUUAGGGUUAAUUAGUAGCUAGGUUAUCUACUAGCAGAUGACAUGUGGGACUCCCCUUUAUUAAAUUAGUUAGUUGGUUUUUUACACUAGUGAAAAUGACACGUGGGCCACACACCCUGUUGACCCGUCAAAUUGACUUGGUCAACCCAACACACGGCCCCACCUGUAAUACACACCGGCUAGCACAGCACCCUGUGAUAGAAGUAUUUAGAUAUAUAAUUUCAAAUUGAAAUAUUUUAGAAAUCCUUAAAUAGUUUUUAAAAAAAUCAUAUAAAUAAUCCGUAGCUCGGAUGAAAAUACUUUGUACAUGAAAGUUGCUCAGAACGGCGAGAUGAAUCCGAAUACGCAGACUGUUCUUCCGCCACACAUCCCUAGCAUAGCAAACAUGCAACUUUUCCCCUCGGGUCCGUCUAUCUCAAAACGCCAAACACCGGGGAUACUUUCCUGGAUGUUUCCGCCCUUCGCCGGUAUCACCUAUCCCUGCGUUAGAUCACCCCUAACAUCGUGUAUUGCCUUGUUAUAUUUUGUGAUGCUUUGUUUGAUCCG